AUGAAGACCUUACAGGGAUAUACUGUAGCGAUUUUUAUAAUUAUUACGUUUGUAAACUUGUGCAUUGCAAGUCCCACAUGGUAUACAGCAAAUAAUGGCAAACGAUAUCUCAUCGAACUUGAUACUAAGUUAAAUUGGCUACAGGCUAACAGCGAAUGUAAACGUAGAGGAUUACAAAUUUUGGAAAUCGAUAGCUAUGACAAAAAUUCACAAAUCAAAAAUAUUUUGCAGAAAAUUUGGGGCGGUUCCAAAAAUAUUUGGUUAGGUUACCACGAUGGCUUUAGUACAUCUAUGGAUAAUAAUCGUCCAUUUUACUCUAUAUCAACGGGUUUACAAAUCAACUACAAAGAUUGGUAUACCAGUGGAAUAUCUAGUCAUGAAUCCCAAGGACAUUGUGGUCAGAUAUCAAGUGAUCACAAUUUACAAUGGAUUGCUGCCGACUGUUCCACAAAAAAUGCAUUUAUAUGUGAGGCAUCCACUUCCUCUCAGAAUUCUUCUGAUAACAAUAAGCGUCAAACGAUAUUCGAAGCCAAUCAAAAAAUAUCCGCCGAAUUUACAAAUUUGCAAAGUAAAAUGAGACAAGCUAAUGAGAAUAUACGCCAAACAACAUUAUCCGCUUUGGAGAGACAAAAAAGGUCAACGAAUGAUUUAAUUGCCGAUGUCAAAAAGUCUAUUGAGAAUAUAUUGAACAAGAAUUCAUUCCUGUCGUCUAUAAUGGCAGAUUACAUUAAAAUGUUUACUACGCUAGUUGCAGAAAAGGAAGCUGAAUUAUCCAGAAUAUCAGAGGAAACUCAAAGAACUAUCCUUAGUUCUCAAAGUCAGGGUCAAAAUUCACUGAAUGAAUUGACAUCGAAGUUUGCAAAUGAUCUGACCAGCAACACUAAUGAAAUAAAUCGAUUAUUGGGUUUGUAA